AUGAGUUUAUCCCACCCUGAUCUCUCCCAGAGUAACACGAGGGUAUCCCACCCCGAUCUCUCCCAGAGUGACAUGAGUGUAUCCCACCCUGAUCUCUCCCAGAGUGACACGAGGAGUGACAGGAGUGUAUCCCACCCGAUCUCCCCCCAGAGUGACAGGAGUGUAUCCCACCCUGAUCUCCCCCAGAGUGACAUGAGUGUAUCCCACCCCGAACUCUCCGAAUGUGACAGGAGUGUAUCCCGACCCGAUCUCCCCCAGAGUGACAGGAGUGUAUCCCACCCUGAUCUCCCCCAGAGUGACAUGAGUGUAUCCCAACCCGAUCUCUCCCAGAGUGACAUGAGUCUAUCCCACCCUGAUCUCUCCCAGAGUGACACGAGGAGUGACAGGAGUGUAUCCCACCCCAUCUCCCCCCAGAGUGACAGGAGUGUAUCCCACCCUGAUCCCCCCCAGAGUGACAUGAGUGUAUCCCACCCCGAACUCUCCCAAUAUGACACGAGUGUAUCCCACCCCGAUCUCUCCCAGAGUAACACGAGGGUAUCCCACCCUGAUCUCCCCCAGAGUGACAUGAGUGUAUCCCACCCUGAUCUCUCCCAGAGUGACACGGGUGUAUCCCUCCCUGAUCUCUCCCAGAGUGACACGGGUGUAUCCAACCCCGAACUCUCCCAAUGUGACAGGAGUGUAUCCCACCCCGAUCUCCCCCAGAGUGACACGGGUGUAUCCCUCCCUGAUCUCUCCAGGAGUGACACGGGUGUAUCCCACCCCGAUCUCCCCCAAUAUGACAUGACUGUAUCCCACCCCGAUCUCCCCCAAUAUGACACGAGUGUAUCCCACCCCGAUCUCCCCCAAUGUGACACGAGUAUAUCCCACACCGAUCUCCCCCAAUGUGACAUGAGUAUAUCCCACCCCGAUCUCUCCCAGUGUGACAUGAGUAUAUCCCACACCGAUCUCCCCCAGUGUGACACGAGUAUAUCCCACACCGAUCUCCCCCAGUGUGACACGAGUGUAUCCCACCCUGAUCUCCCCCAGAGUGACACGAGUAUAUCCCACCCCGAUCUCCCCCAGUGUGACACGAGUGUAUCCCACCCUGAUCUUCCCCAGAGUGACAUGAGUGUAUCCCACCCUGAUCUCUCCCAGAGUGACAGGAGUGUAUCCCACCCCAUCUCUCCCAAUGUGACACGAGUGUAUCCCACCCCGAUCUCUCCCAGUGUGACAGGCGUGUAUCCCACCCGAUCUCUCCCAGAGUGA